AUGCAAGUGUACAAGAUUGAGUUGUGGCUGAAAUCGCAUGAGAACAACAGUUCAGAAGUCAUUGUAGAGAUGGUUGGGGCAAUGAAAGCUAAAUUUGACAAGUAUUGCCGUGAGUACAGUGUGAUUCUUGCAAUGGCAGCAGUGUUUGAUCCUAGAUUUAAGUUGUCUCUACUAGAUUAUUUCUUCACAAAGUUGGAUGAUGAAACAGAAGCUGCUCCAUCAACUGGAAACAACACAGACGAUUCAGUAGCUGGAGUUGAAUCAUCACAGACCUCUUUAUAUGAUGACUUUUACAACUUUCGCAAGAACAGUGUGAAUUCUAAUGGAAAAUCUGCAUUGGAUAUGUAUCUGGAAGAACCACUGGUGGACGUAAAGGCUUUUCCAAAUUUGGAUGUUUUAUCCUAUUGGAAGGACAACUCUCUUCGCUUUGGUGUGUUGGCUACUAUGGCUUCUGAUCUUUUAAGCAUUCCUAUAACUACUGUGGCCUCCGAGUCCUCAUUCAGCAUUGGCUCACGAGUUCUAAACAAGUACAGAAGCUGUCUCCUCCCUCGACUUUGA